UAUCGAGUGAUUGUAACUCGGAGUUGUUGGCUUGAGAAAAUCGGCCGGCCGAGACACGAUGAGGUGGCUGCUGCUGUUUUUGGAGUGGUUGGUGGACUGGGCCCGCGGGACUUACUGGUAUAUGGUGGGGAAGAGAAGUGCUCUGUGUAAGGAGUCCUUCAGUCCUCCAGCCCGGCAGGAGUUUGACCAGCAGGCGAGAGACAGAGUAUUAGCGCAAGAGUUCAGCGCGGACAAAGUGGCUUCCGGCCUGGAUGUGGUUGUGAUUGGUAGUGGUGUUGGUGGACUGACGGCUGCUGCAGUGCUGGCCAAACUUGGCAAGAAAGUUCUUGUUCUCGAACAGCAUGAUAAGGCUGGAGGCUUGUGCCAGGCCUUCACUGUAAAAGGCUUCCAGUUUGACUCUGCUUUCCACUACAUAGGUCAACUUCAUGAGAACAGUCUACUGAAAAUUGCACUGGAUCAGAUUACUGAUGGUCAGCUACAGAUUGCUGAACUGGACCCUCACACGGACACUGUAGUCAUUGGAAAGGGGGACAGAUGCAAGGAAUACACAAUUUAUGCAGGCAAGCGACAGAUGGAGGCUCACCUUAAGAAGCAGUUCCCUAAUGAUACUCGGGCAAUUGAGGAGUUUUUUAAGAUCAUGAAGAUCUGCUCCAAAAAGAUCCAUCUUUUGUGUGACCUGAAGCUGGUCCCACUCUGGUUUGCUCGCUUCAUCCUGUGGAGUGGAAUUGCUGACUGGAUCUCUCCAAUCUUCAAGUACUCACGUACCAGCACCUUAGAAAUGAUCAGUUCCCUCACUGACAACAAGGACCUCCUCACUGUCCUCUCCCAUAUCUGUUAUGGUGUUCCACCCAGAGACUCCAGUGGCAUGAUCACUGCUCUAUUCCUGCAUCACUCCAAGCGUGGGUCAUUCUAUCCAGUAGGUGGUGCCAGCGAGAUCCCUUACCACAUCAUUCCAGUCAUUCAGAAAGCUGGAGGCAAAGUCUUGGUCAAGGCCCCAGUAUCUCGAAUCUUGGUUGACAAAAGUGGAAGUGCUUAUGGUGUUACUGUGAAAACUACUAACGCAGAGGUUGAAAUUCGAGCUCCUGUCAUCAUAUCAAAUGCUGGUUUGCUCACUACAUUACAUAAUCUUCUACCACCAGAGAUCAAAUCCAAACCAGAGGUUAUGGAUCAUCUUGAAAACGUUAAACCAGGCAGAGGCUUCUUCCAGGUGUUUGCAGGCUUUAAUGCCACUCAGGAGGAGCUGGGAAUUACAUCAACCAGCUACCGUCUCUACAAGAGCAACAACAUGGAUACAGCGUUGGAAGAUUACUUCAGCCUGGAUGAAGAAGAUGCACCUGACAACAUUCCCAUGAUGUACAUGUCAUUCCCCUCUGCUAAAGACCCCACUUCAAAGAGCCGCUUCCCAGGGCAAUCUCGCAUGAUGAUUCACACUGUUGUAAACUCCAAGUGGUUUGGAAAGUGGAAGGGAAUAGCAGAGGAAGACAGAGGAGAAGACUUCAAUAAAUUCAAGAUGAGAUUUGCUAAUCAUCUGUUUGACUGGGCCUGUGUCCACUUCCCCAAGCUGAGAGAGAAGCUGGUAAUGCUGCAUGCUGUCAGUCCCAUCAACAAGCAUGCAGGAGCCAUACUGUCUGCUGAACACAAUCUGGAGAGAUUUCAGCCUUUGACCAUUGCCAAAACCAGGAGCACCACACCCAUCAAGAACCUUUACCUCUCAGGUCAGGACGUGUUCAGCGCUGGUUUUUCUGGAGCAUUGCAUGGUGGUCUCCUUUGUGCCUCCACUGUUCUGGGACAUGCAGUCUACAUUGACCUUCUCCUUCUUCAAAAGAGACUGAAGCAGAAAGCAGCCAAGAAACUGGACUAAGAUCUAUGGAUGAAACAUUAUUUGUGCUAAAGAAUGCAGUGCUCAAGUCAA